AUGGGCAAAAAGACUAAGAAGUCCGCCGAGCACAAGGAUCGUGUAGCGGCAAAGCAGACAAAGAAGUCCGCGCAGAAAGAAAAGAGAUCCAAAGCCAAGGGCAAAGAUGCAGACAGCGAUGCUGAAGAUGCAGACCUAGAUGCCAUUCUGGCACAGUACGCCGAAGAACAGGCCAAAUUCUUAAAGGUCACUGAAGUUCCUUCCGAGCCACCGGUCCCACGUUCGUCUUCAACCGUGGUAGCAUCUCCAUCGAACCGAAAUGAGCUGUUGCUUUUCGGUGGAGAGUACUUCGAUGGGACGCAUGCCACUUUCUUCAAUAACCUUUUCGUCUAUUUGAUUGAUCGGGGCGAAUGGAGAGAGGUGACUAGUCCAAACAGUCCUCUUCCUCGAAGUGGGCAUGCAUGGUGCCGUGGAGGAAACUCCGGAGGCAUCUAUAUGUUUGGAGGAGAGUUCUCGUCGCCGAAACAAGGCACGUUCUACCACUACAAUGAUUUUUGGCACUUAGAUACAGCCACAAGAGAAUGGACUCGUCUCGAGGUUAAAGGAAAAGGUCCUCCCGCUAGAAGUGGCCACCGCAUGACCUAUUUCAAGAACUACAUCAUCCUCUUUGGUGGAUUCCAAGAUACCUCCCAGCAGACUAAGUACUUGCAGGAUCUGUGGAUCUAUGAUUGUAAUCAGUAUACCUGGACCAACCCCACGUUGACCCUUGCUUCCCAAAAGCCCGAUCCUCGCUCAUCAUUCUCUCUGCUACCGCACGAGACUGGAGCUGUUAUCUACGGAGGCUACUCCCGAGUGAAGGCAGCUGCGGGUGGUGGUAAGCAAGGCAAGGGUGGCGGUCCCCAGAAGAUGGCUCUCCGGCCCAUGGUUCACCAGGAUACUUGGUUCUUGAGAAUCACACCCCCUGCAGCCGAGGCCCCAUCGUCAACGGCACCUGCAGUUCGAUGGGAGCGACGAAAGAAGCCCGCUAAUACGCCCAAUCCGCCCCGUGUUGGCACUACGAUGGCAUACCACAAGGGCCGAGGGAUUAUGUUUGGUGGUGUCCACGACGUGGAACUAACCGAGGAAGGCAUUGACAGCGAGUUCUUCGAUACUCUCUUUGCUUGGACCACCGAUAGAAACCGUUUCUUCCCGUUGAGUCUGCGACGUCCCCGCGCGCCCGGCAAAAAACAGCAGGCAAAUCAAAAUGCGAAGUCUAAAAAUAGGGGCAAGGCAGACGAGGAAGAGCUUUUGGCAAACCUUAAAGCCCUGGAAGCUAAAGUUGGAAUUCGGGACAAUGAAGACGACGACGAUAUGGAAACAAGCACGCCCCAACCCGAGGAGCCUGUGGAACCCGCAAAGCCCUCGGUUGUUCGCUUCGAAAUGCCCCACCGGCGAUUCAAUGCCCAGCUAGCAGUGCAAGAUGAUACCCUAUUCAUCUUCGGUGGUACGUUUGAAAAGGGUGACCGAGAGUUCACUUUCGACGAUAUGUAUUCCAUUGAUCUAGUCAAACUGGACGGCGUCAAGGAGAUAUUCUACAGGGAGCCUGAGAAUUGGAACCUCUUGAACGAAGCCGAAGACAGUGACGAAGACAUGGAUGACGAAGAUGACGACGAAGAAAUGGAUGAAGACGAUGAAGCCGAAGCUGAAGCCGAAGCAAUGUCUCUUGAUGCCCCUUCACCUGCCCGGACAGAUGUGACGGUGCCAUCUGUUACCAAGGAUAUGGAACAACUCGAAGUUGAGGAGCCAGAAGAGCAAAAUGUCAACGACAGCCGACCUUUGCCUCGGCCGUUCGAGAGCUUGCGAGAGUUCUUCAGCCGCACUUCUGAAGAAUGGCAGAAUAUCAUGAUGGAAAUUGUCAAGGGGAGGGAACAGUCUGGUGACAAGACAAUCAAGGAACUGCGCAAGGCAGCGUUCUCUGUGGCCGAAGAAAAGUGGUGGGAUAGCCGAGAGGAGAUCAUGGCUCUGGAAGAUGAGCAAGAAGCCGCAGGUAUUGGAGAGGUUGUUAGCAUGUCUGACCGUACUGAGAAUAUGGGAGGAGCUGGUCGUCGCCGCUGA